AUGAGUGUUAAUCGUUUGACCUUUAAUAUGAGUCCAAAUUCCUUCUUUAACAGGUCGGCAAAAUGGAGAUUAGGUGAUUUGUUAUUACUUGUUGUUGUGGUGAUCGUCUCAUAUCCAGUGUACCACGCUAAACCCUUUGAAAGGCAGUUCACGAUCAAUGAUUUAACGUUGUCGCACCCUUUUACUGAGCAUGAGCGUGUUACCGAUAAGAUGUUGUUUGUUUACAGUUUUGUUCUCCCCUUACUAACGGCUGCUAUCAUGAUAGCUAUCUUUGGGGAUCCAAAACAUAGGUUGUACCUGGUGUACAUCUCUGUCUUGGGAUUAAGUCUUUCCGUUUCGUUGACAUCGUUGUUCACUAACUUCAUCAAGAACUGGAUUGGUAGAUUGAGACCGGACUUUUUGGUACGUUGCCAACCUAAAAAAGGUUUACCCAUUGACACUUUAUUCUACGCGUCUGAAGUUUGCACUUCCAAGUUCCCUGAUGUGUUACUGGAUGGUUUCAGAGCCACUCCUUCUGGCCAUUCUAGUCAGAGUUUUGCAGGUCUGGGAUACUUUUACCUAUGGCUGUGUGGUCAACUCUUGACAGAAUCUCAAAGCACUGGUCUAUGGAGAAAAAUCUUUGCCUUCAUUCCUUUGCUUGGAGCUUCAUUGAUUGCCCUCUCAAGAACCCAGGACUACAGACAUCAUUUCGUUGAUGUGAUCUUGGGAUCCAUCUUGGGUUACGUCAUUGGCCAUUUUACUUACCACAGAUAUUUCCCUCCAAUCUCCAACCCACUUGCCUUCAAGCCUCUGCUUGACGAUUCUGACGUAAGUUUGGAUUUGUCAUUGCAACCAGGGCAGGGUGCAGAAAUUGAGCCAUUGACGGCUUAG